ACAAACUCCUGACUGAUUACAAAGUAUUGCAUAUAGAACAGAUAUAAACUCCUGGAUAUAAGAAGGAUGUCACUGUGCCAUGGAAGAAUCAGUCUUACAAAGUGAGAAGCAGUGUGGGAUGAGUGACAGUGUACCCACCAUGGAUAACUCAGAGGAAGAGGAGGAGUUCUAUGAUGCACCAGAUGUCUUCAUUGAGCUCCACUGUGAGGAAGAAAACUCUCCUGCAACACCACAGUCUGACUUUGUUCCUCCACUAGGAGAAAUAACAGUUCUCCAUGCUGGCAGUGAAACUGUUUCUCUUGGCUUGGCACCCACUGACUCAUCUGUAAAGUAUACACUUCACAUAGAUUACUCCUGUGAUACAUACAGUGGCAGUGUGAUCAAAGAAGACUCCAGCACUGUAGAUGUUGAUGGACUGUUUCCUGGGAUUGAGUAUACUUUCAGAAUCACAAGGAGAGCAGACAAUGGAAAUCAGAGUGAAGCAGCCUGUGUAUCUGUCUGCACAGAGCCCAGCCCUCCUGUUCGGGUUACAAUCACUCAGGUCAGCAGUGGGUCACUGUCUCUGUGUUGGGACCCUCCUGCUGGUGAAGUGGAGAACUACAUUGUGACUUGCAGCAGUGAAGAAGACAGCUGUUGGCAAGAACUGACAACAGACACAAACAGCCUGACUGUCAGCAGCCUGGAGCCAGGGGUGUGUUACUCCCUCCAAGUUUCUACACAACUGAAGAAUGGAAGAAGAAGCAAGCCAACUGUGACAUCUUCCUGCACUAAGACACACUUGGAGAGUUUAUUGAAGGAUCUGGGCUUGGAGCAGCACUACAAAGAGAAGCUUUCCCUGAGCACAGUACUUCAGAUUGAUGAAAAGACCAUGACUGAUGAACCUGCCAAGUGUAAUUCAGAUCUUCCAUGGUAUUUUCUGAAGAAACUGAUGAUGGUUAAUGUGACAGCUAGAAAUGUGAAUUUGGUCAACAGUACAAAUUCAGUUGACAUGCUAAACCCUCUGGAUGUAAUCACUGCUCUCUUUCUGUGUUCUGAUGGUUUUGUACAGCAGGAGAUGGCACUCAAAAUGUCUAUGUGUCAGUUUUCUGUGCCUCUGCUGCUUCCCAACUGUGACACAAAACAGUGCACACUCAUGCUGUGGGCCACGAGAGACAUUGUUAAAAAGUACAGGCCUCAGUCACUGUCUGAAUCCAAGGGCUUCAUUGAAGACAGAAUUGUUCUCUCAGAUCUUCCAAUGAUAUCUUUUGUGAGACUGGGUGAAUGCUCCUUGUCCAAGUCAGAGAUUCUCAAUAAGCUUCUGAGCAAUUCUCAGCAGUACCAUGACACCUUUGUUCACCAUGAUAUGGAGUGUGGAGACAGUCCAAGGAGAAUAUCUAAUGGAUUGGUUGAAAUGACUUGGUACCUUCCUUGUGGAAACAAAAACAUGGAUAUUUUCAAUGAGCCAGUUGCUGUAGCUAACCUUCGUGGGGACAUUGCUUCAUUUGAAACACAAUACUCUUUUUUGUGUCAGACAUCUACAGCAGUUUUUGUGUUCUUCAGUGAUUUGGACUCUGAGUGCAGGCUACUGACCAACCAACACCAGAAGGCACAGAUUUUCUUGGUUGGGAGUCAGACAAGCCAGCAGUUGAAUCCAGAUGCUUCUGAAGAAAUAGCAAACAAGUUCGGCUUGACCACCAGGAACAUUAUUUUGAAGACUAAACGCAUGAAUAAUGCAGGCUUCAUCAAAAAUUUGAGGGACAAAGUCAGGGAUGUUGUUGAGAACUCAAAGAUGAAGAUGCAAAUACAGCAGAUGGCUGAUGUUGCCCGUGACCUGGGAAUCUUGGUUGAUGAAGACUCUCCAGAGUGCCAGACUGCCAAAAAAAAUGCAGAUGCCAUCACUGCAGAAAUUCAAGACAUCCUCAAAUACAAAGAGGCUCAGCUUCCCAGGCAAGGCCAAAUAUGGAAGGACUUGACUUCCUUAGAGAAGGAAGAAUUUCGGCUUCGAAAAAUUGGGUCUGAAAGCAUUGAAGAUUACAAAAGCAAACUUCAGAUACAGAAGACAAAAAUUCGGGAAAAACAGAACUCUUAUGACAUAUCAAAGGCUAUGACAUGCUUCAUCAGUGCAAUAUCAAGCACAGGGAUAGAGAGGUGCUAUUUCCUGAAGUGGAUGCGAAUUAACCUUGAUAACCUGUCUCGAGAGAAACUGUCUGAUCUCAGGGAACAGUACAAAAAGAAAUGUGAAAAUACUGAAAACAAAGAGGAGAUUAAAGACAUCGAUAGACAACUUUCCAACAGCUCACUGGGGACUGAACACUUCUUCCGUGAAAUGGGUCAAAUCUACGAAGCUUCAGUUACCCUUCCAGAAACACACCCAUCACGACAACAAUUACAGCAUCUUCCACAACUCUGUGCAGGAUUGUUGCUUGAUGGAUUUCCUCUUGAGCUUGUUGACGGAGAUGCAUCCAACAUACCUCUCAGAUGGGUGAGUGAUGUUCUCUCUCAGCUCAAUGACUUGGUGUCUCCUAAGAGCAAGAUAUUGGUGGUCACAGUACUUGGAGUUCAGAGCACAGGAAAGUCCACUCUCCUAAACACCAUGUUUGGAGUGCAGUUUGCCGUCAGCAGUGGUCGAUGCACUCGAGGUGCCUUUAUGUUGCUCAUCAGAGUCAAUGAAGAUGUCAAAAAAGUACUCAACUGUGACUUCAUGGUGAUCCUUGACACUGAGGGCUUAAAGUCACCAGAGCUUGCACAACUGGAUGAUAGCCAUGAGCAUGACAAUGAGCUUGCAACACUCGUUGUGGGGCUGAGUGAUAUCACCAUUAUCAAUAUUGCCAUGGAGAAUUCAACAGAAAUGAAGGACAUCUUACAAAUAGUUGUGCAUGCUUUUCUCAGGAUGAAAGAGGUUGGCAAAAAGCCCAAAUGUCAGUUUGUUCACCAGAAUGUGUCAGAUGUUUCAGCCCAUGAGAAGAACUUACGAGACAGGAAACUGCUCUUACAGCAGCUAAAUGAGAUGACCCAGGCAGCAGCCAAAAUGGAGAAGAAAGAGGAGAACAAGAGCUUCACUGAUGUGAUGGAGUACAGUCCAGACACUGGGAACUGGUACAUUCCUGGUCUCUGGAACGGAAACCCACCAAUGGCACCAGUCAAUGCAGGGUACAGUGAAGCUGUAUAUGAGCUCAAGAAGAACAUCAUCCAAAUGCUGGGAAAUUGUGACUCAUCUGCAAACAAUGUCUCUGAGUUUACAGAGUGGAUGUCAAGCCUGUGGAAUGCAGUGAAGCAUGAAAACUUCAUCUUCAGCUUCAGAAACAGCCUGGUGGCUGAUGCCUACAUGAGGCUCUGCACAGAAUUCAACAAAUGGGAAUGGGAAUUCAAAAAAGAAAUGUACACCUGGGUCACAAAUGCUGAAACCAAAAUUUCCAAUUUUGGUAAAUAUGCUGUGGAAUCUGAGAAACGUGACAUGAGAGAACUUCUCACAUGUUUUAAAAGUGAAGCUUGCACACUGCUGUCUAAAUGGGAGACAAAGCUUCUUGAAAAUCUGAAACAGUACUUCCAGCAAACUGAGGGUCAUGUCUAUCUGGUAGAAGGAUACAAAGAGGACUUUGCAAACAGUGCAACAAGACUUCGAGGAGAAAUGGAGAGGUCUGUGUUUAAUCAGCUGGAAACAUCAGCUGACAUCAGAGAGGGAAUGGUAAAGCUGGAGAGUAUCAAUGAGAAUCAUACAAAAGAGUUAGAGGGAAGAGUGUGUGCAUUAAUUGAAGAAUGUCGGAAAGAAAAAGUCAAGAUGACAGACACAGAGCUGGACAAAGAAUUUGAUAAGAUGUGGACUAAAACUUUGAAGGAACUGUUGUUCUCUAAACAAAAGGCUACAGAUGUCUUCAUCCGUGUGUCUCACUAUCUGAGAGCAAAUCUCUUACAUAAGGGAAGUCGUGCAAGUCAGUUAUUAAGCCAAAAUAGCCUGCAAGAAUGUGGACUGGAGCCUUUCAAAUAUACAGCUGAAGGAUUCGUUAACACAUUUAAAAAGUUCUUCAACAUUCAAGGUCAUACAAUUGCUGUACAAAAAAUGGCUGAAAGCAUCAUAGCUGCUUGCUUAAAGUUUGUGAACGAAAAAGUGCACAAAAAAAGUAAUUACCAUGAUACUUACAUCCAGGAGAUCCUAUUCAUGAUUGAUGAGAGGCUGCAAAACAACCAAGAUCUGAAGACAGACAUUGAGUUUGAAGUUUCUCUGAAACAGCACAUUUGUGGACUUGCAGCCAGGAAGUUUCAGAAAAUGCAUGAAGAUUUCAUACAGGAGAAUGAUCCUUACAGAUGUCUGAAUAAAAACAAAGAAAAGUUUCGUACUGAUUUCAAAGAUGUCUUCAAUGAACGAGAUCAGUGCCAGAAGAAGGCAGAAGAGUUCACCAACCGAUGCUUGAAGCCUGCAGUCGAAGACUUUGUCAACCGCUCCUUGGGUCCUGACAUCAUUGGUGAAAUGCUGACAUGCCAGCAGUUCAGCACCCGCAUAUUCUUCCAGUAUUCAGUUUUACUGGAUUUGCUCUCCAAGGAUACAUUUGAAAACUAUCUGAGCUACAUUUGCUCAUACGAGGAUCAUAUAAAUGAAUGGAUACUCAACAAAAUAAUGGAUCACUUCUCUGAUCCAUCGACGGUGUUUGAGUUUGAGGAUCGACACAUUCAGUCAAGUAUCAAAAACAUAAACAAUGCCAUGAAAAAGGCCAAAACAGGAAAGAGUGGCAACUUGAAAACAUUUGUUGAAGAUAUCUGCAAAGAACUUGGUGAUAAACUGGUCAUUUCCAAGGAUGCUCUUGGUGCUUUCAUGAUCCUGAACAAUGCCGACCAGGAACAAUUUGCUAACUGGCUCACAGAGUGCAUGAAGGAGAUGGCCCAAGCUCUUGGAGAGGAGUUUAAAAAAUCAGGCAUCCAAAUAAAGCUAAAGAAUCUCCAUGUAAAGCCUCAGAAUGAGCUUUUCACCAAACUGAUUGGAUGUGGUAAACAAUGUCCAUUCUGCAAAGCACCUUGUGAAGCAGGAGGAAAAGAACAUACUGAGCACUCUGCUUCGUUACAUCGGUCCCAAGGUUUGGGGGGAUACAAGCAUCUUUUUUUACAGGAACUGGUUACAGACAUAUGUUCUUCUCUUGUGAUCAGUGAUCAGGCAUUUCUCUGUGAAGCCACAAAUGGUGAAUUUCACCCUUAUAAGAGUUACAAAGAAAUCUUCCCAGACUGGAAAAUUCCACCAGAUGGAAGCCUCGAGGCAUCAGACUACUGGAAAUAUGUAAUGGCAAAGUUCAACAAUGAGUUUGCUAAAAAAUACAACGCAAAGCCUGCUGAUAUUCCUACAACCUGGAAAAAUAUCACACGCAAGGAAGCAGAAGCUAGCCUGAAUGUGUCAUUUCACACAAAGUGA